UCCCUCCCUCUCCGCGGCCCCGCGCGUUUCCUUUGCGCAGGAAGGGAGCGGCCCGAGGGAUGGAGCGGAUCCCGGCAGGGAUGCGAUAGCUCCGACCCGCUGCUCCCCGCCGGGACGCGGUGAAGCUGCCACUCCCAAAUCUCUGCCAUGGCCUCGGGGAAUGAGGGGGACCCUCCACAGCUGGAGGAGCGCCGGGGGAGCCGCAGGCGCAGGCUCAGCUCAGAGGGCCGGGUGGCGGAGGAGGCCGAGGAGGUGUUCAGGAGCUACGCCUUCCACCGCUACCAGCAGGAGCGCCGGGAGCGAGGGGCAGAGCUGCCGCCCGACCCCGAGAUGGAGCAAAUCCAGCAGGACCUGGACAGCACCGGCAGCCAGGUGGGGCAGCGCUUGGCCAUCAUCGGUGAUGACAUCUACCGGCGCUACGACGCCGAGUUCCGCACCAUGCUGGAGAGCCUGCAGCCCACCCGCGACAACGCCUACGAGACCUUCACCAAAAUCGCCUCCAGCCUGUUCGAGAGCGGCAUCAACUGGGGCCGGGUGAUCGCCCUGCUGGCCUUUGGCUACCGGCUGGCCAUGCACGUGUGGCAGCGCGGGGUGAGCGGCUUCCUGCGGCGCAUCGCGCACCAGCUGGGCCAGUUCAUGCUGCGGAACCGCAUCGCGCGCUGGAUCGCGCUGCAGGGAGGAUGGAGGGCCGCGCUGCGCCGCUACAAUGAGGUUUACAUCAAGUUCCUGCUGGUGGCGGCCGCGCUGCUGCUGGCACACCUGGCGGCGCGGCGCCUCCUCGCCUCCUGAGCCGCGCCCCCCGCCCGGACUGCGCUGCCCCGGGGCCGCCACCCCCCUGCGGAGCUCUGGGGUCUCUGCACCCCCAGGAGAGAAUGGGGAGAGGGGGGGGAUCUGCUGUGGUGCCUCAAAAAGCUGCUGAGAAAGGGAGGGGACAUCCCUGGGAUGGGACAUUUUGGGGAACGGAGAUAUCCCUGGGAUGAGGCAUUUUGGGGAUGGAAACAUCUCUGAUGAGUAAUUUUUGGGAAUGGACACAUCCCUGGGAUGGGUCAUUUUUGGGAUGGGGACAUCUCUGAUGGGGCAUUUUUGGGAAGGAGAUAUCCCCGGGAUGGGACAUUUUUGGGAUGGGGACAUCCCUGGGAUGGGGCAUUUUUGGGGACGGAGACAUCUCUGAUGGGUCAUUUUUGGGAUGGGGACAUCUCUGUGAUGGGACAUUUUUGGGAUGGGGACAUCUCUGUGAUGGGACAUUUUUGGGAUGGGGACAUCCCUGGGAUGGGGCAAUUUUGGGAUGGAGACAUCUCCGAUGAGUAAUUUUUGGGAAUGGACACAUCCCUGGGAUAGGACAUUUUUGGGUUGGAGAUAUCCCUGGGAUGGGUCAUUUUUGGGAAUGGGUACAUCCCUGGGAUGGGAUGUUUUUGGGAUGAGGCAUCUCUAGGAUAGGGGCAACUCUGUGAUUGGACAUUUUUGGGAUGAGAUAUCUCUAGCAUGGGGUCAUCUCUGGGAUGGGACAUUUUUGGGAUGAAGCAUCUCUGAGAUGGGAUGUGUCUGGGAUGAGGACACCUCUGGGAUGGGACAUUUUUGGGAUGAGGCAUCUCUGGGCCCUGUGGCUCCUCUGGAGGAGCAGAGGGCUGUGACACUGGCCCAGUGGCACUGUGACAAUGCCAGGGCUGGGUCCUGAGCCCCUCCCACCACUGACACUCCAUCCCCCGUGUUUGAUCCCAGCCCUGGGAAAUCCCAGAGCAGCUGCUCCAGCUCCCCCUGUCCCAAACCCUGCAGCCUUUCCAUGGACAUCCCAAAAAAACCCUCCUGGCCCAGCUGGGAAUCACCACCAGUUGGGCUCCCUGCCCCUUACUGGGAGGCACUGGAGCAGCUCCAUGCAGGGAACUUAUCCUGGUUCCAUUCCUGGCUGAUGCUUGAGUGAUUUUGGGGUGAGGAGGGGAGCAACCUCCUCUCUCCCAUCCCAAACCUUCCUUUGAUUUUUUUUUUUUUUCCUUUGAUUUUUGCCAACCAGGGAAUUCAGGGAAUUAUUCCCUGUCCUGCCCUUGCAGCUGCCCAGGCUUAACAGGACCAGCCUGAAUUUUUGAAUACUCACAUUUCUCCUGUCCUGUGCCUCUUUUUUUUAACAGAAAAAUGAACUUUUCAGCCUGUUCCCACAUCUGAGCUUGUCAUUUUUUACUCCUGGCUGUUCCUGCAGGAUCCCUUUUCCCUCAUUGCUCUGCUUAAGAGAAAAACAUUAAAAUAUUUCCUGUAUUAUUCCCACUCCUGCUUGCAUGUGUUUGCCCUGAGCAGGGCAGCACAGCUUGGCCACGCUCAGGUUUUUGUGGCCACAACUCAAGUUUUGUGGCCACAACUCAGGUUUUGUGGCCCUCCUGUCUCACCUGAGCCCCUCUGACUGGUUUCCCCCCUGCAGGUGCAUUUCUCCACACUAAAUUCCCUUUUCUCUUCUCCCAGCUUGGGAUUUCCAGUUCCAAGCCUUUCCUGUGCUGUGACCAGUUUAACCAGUUUAACCAGUACGAUCCCCAGCUCCUUUUUGGGUGCAAGCACCACCAGAUGGAGCCUUUUGGCCACCAUGGGCCCCAGCCCUGGUCCUUAUUUCCCUUUUUUCUGCUAAUCAGCCCCUUAAUUAACAAAUUACUGUUGGUUCUCUGCUUGGGCUGUGUGUCCAGCAGGAUUUUUCAGAGUCCUUGGAAAAAAAAUAAAAAUCAGCUUUAAUUCACUUCUUCAGCCACACUCCUGGAGCUCCAAUGGAUCAGGGAGAGCUUUUGCUGCUCAUUAAUUCUCAUUUCCCAGCUAAAGCUUCCCCUUGCAGCUGUGAGGCCAUAAAGGAUUUUUUUUUUUUUAUUUCCAGAUUUAUGGGAAAGGAUCAGUGAAGUUCAGGACAGAGAGAACUUUUCAAUAGGUGCUGCACAAAGGAAAAAUUGCAUUUUAUCCGUUUUUCUCAGGGGAUUUGCAGAGGGAGGAAGCUCAGGGUGUCAGUGCCUCUCCUCCCUCUGCUCUCAGCUCUUCCUGGCAGCGGUUUCUGGGGGGAAAAAAACUUAAAUUGGGGAUGUGGGGCUGAACUGGGACUGUGCCCCAGCCCUGCAUGGGAAGGAAAAGGGGCCUGGGGGGAUUUCCUGGGAGCCAGGGAAUUCCUGGAGGGCUGGCAGGAGGAAUUCACCCAGGAGGAUUUAUCCAGGAGGAAUUCAUCCAGGAGGGAUUUUUCCAGGAGGGAUUUUUCCAGGAGGAAUUCACCCUGGAUGAAUUCACCCAGGAGGAUUUAUCCAGGAGGAAUUCACCCAGGAGCAUAGAUCCAGGAGGGAUUGAUCAGGAGGGAUUUUUCCAGGAGGAAUUCAUCCAGGGGUGAAUUCACCCUAGAGAAUUUAUCCAGGAGGAUUUCUCCAGAAGGAAUUCAUCCAGGAGGAAUUGAUCCAAGAGGAAUUCACCAGGAGGGAUUCACCCAGGAUGAAUUCAUCCAGGAGGAUUUCUCCAGAAGGAAUUCACCCUGGAGGAAUAGAUCCAGGAGGAAUUCAUCCAGGAGGAUUUCUCCAGAAGGAAUUCACCCUGGAGGAAUAGAUCCAGGAGGAAUUCAUCCAGGAGGAUUUUUCCAGGAUUUAUCCAGGGAAAUUGAUCCAGGAGGAUUUAUCCAGGAUGAAUUCACCCAGGAGGAUGGGGUGGUGCAUGGAAAAGGGGUGAGAGCCCCAAGGACUUUUAUUUCCUCCUCUUGUCUCUGUUUUUACUCCUCAUGAGCCAUUUUCACACCUUCUGAGCCUCUUUUUACUCCACCUGAGCCCAUUUGAGGAUGGUUUUUAAUCCCACCCUCUCCCAGCUCUUCCCUCGUGGAUGGAGGAGUCAGUCCCAGCUCUCUGAGGGUCAGAGCCUCUAAACCAGAUUUAAACCAGGUCUAAACCAGGUCUAAGCCAGGCCUAAGCCAGCCCAGGUGCCCAGGGCUGCUGGCAGCUCUGAGCCCUCCCUGUCACUGUCACCUCUGCUCCUUUUCCUGGUGUCCCCUCCCCAGCCCUGCAGGACAUUAAGUGACACAUUAAGGGUGGGACAAGGACACAAACCUUGUUUUUUCCAGAGGGGAAAUCCACAGGGUUGUCCCAGAAUGAGGUGGGGAAGGAGGGACCUUUGUGGCUUUGACCUGAAAAAAAAACAAAAAAAAAACCUAAUCCAAAUCACAACCGUUUGUUUUUACAAAUAAUCUGUUUUUAAAUAAUGUAAUAUAUAUAAAUCUAUAUCUAUGUCAAAAUAAAAAUGGUACACAGUGUGCAAA